CUUUUGCCCAACGGUCAUAUCUCUCUCAAGAAAACGAAAUUCCCUCAAUACAUUUAUCUCUCUUUUUCUCUCUUACCAAUAUUCUCCGGAGAUUAGCAAAACAAUACAUACAUUUCUGCGUAGUUCUUUUAACACUCAAAUUUGUUGUUGUUUUUUCCUUUUUUCAGGAAUUCUUGAUUCAAAGUGUACAGAGAUGAGUAUUCUUCAAUACCCAGAUUCGUUUAAUGUGCCGGAGCUCCAGGUUUGGAACAAUGCGGCUUUUGACAAUGGAGAGUCUGAAGAUACCAGCGCCAUCAAGGCUUCUUGGGGUAAUCUUGAAUCUGGGUCGGUGAAUCAGUCACUAGAAUCUGAUGGCAGCAAAGAAAAUCAGAGCCCCCUUUGGCUAAAGUCCCCUGUUUCUUUUAAAUCUACUGCGUCUCUUGUCAAGCCUCUUUGUUCCAAGAAUGUUAUUGGUAACUCUAAAGAGCAGGCGCUGAAGGGUAUUUUUGUCGAGCCUUUGUCAGGGAAACUGAAGAGUGGAGUUGGGAAAGAAGUAGAGAAAAAGCACGAUGAGAAAAAGAUUGAUAUGGAGAUUGAAGAGAUUGAGAAGGAGAUCUCUCGUUUGUCAUCGAAACUUGAAUCUCUUCGUCUCGAAAAAGCUGAGUACAAUGCGAGAAGUAUUGCGAUGAGAGGAAGAAUAGUGCCUGCUAAAUUCAUGGAGCAAAAACAGCGCAUCGGGAAUUUGGAGAUGGGAAAAAAGAUUGAAGAUCCAUUGUUGUCAAGUGCUAAAACAAAAAUGAGUCGAAGGGGGGUUAGUUUAGGUCCAACGGAGAUUUUCUCUGCUAUGAAAUCGAGGCAAUUGACGAAGCAGGAAGUCACCACCCCUAUUCAGUCAAUACAGAGUCGCCGGAAAUCCUGUUUCUUUAAGCUUCAAGAUAUUGAUGAAGGGAAGGUUACAAGAGAGAGAGGCAAGAGCUUGAGCGUUAGCCCUAGAUCACGUAAAACUUCUAAGGUUGAAGCUCCUAAGCCAGCUGCAACCACAGUAGGGUGUAAAAGGGCUGUUAAGAAAGAAGAUGGGGUUCUCGCUACAGUUCAGCCAAAAAGACUCUUCAAAGAUGGAGAAAAAUCAGUAACAGCAAAGAAACCAUUGAAACCUGGAAGGGUCGUAGCGAGCCGGUACAAUCAGAUUGCCAAUCAAAGCAAUGGGAAUUUCAGUGUGAACGAUGCUCGAAAGCGGUCUUUACCAGAAAAUGGUAAGGAGGAAAGUAACAGGCAUGAGAAGAAGCGUGUUUCGCAUGAACGGCUAGUGGAUUCCUGCAAGAAUCAGAAGAGUGAGAGCAGAGUGAAGAAGAAGUGGGAAAUUCCUAGUGAAGUGGUAGUUUUCAAGUGUGAAACGGAGGAAGAAUCUCCAGAGCCAGAUAAUAAGAUGAACGAUGUACUACCGAAGAUUAGGACUGUCAGAUUUUUGGGUAAAAGUCCUCGUGAUUCAGGUCCGGCAAAAAGAGUGGCUGAAUUGAUGGGAAGGAAAUCGUACUUCUGUAUGGAGGAAGAAGCAGAGGACUCUGUUUGUCAGGCUCUGAGUUUUGCAGAAGGGGAAGGAGAGGAAGAUUGAUUCAUUUGUUAAUUUUCUUCUUGACUUUUUUAAGCUACGGAGUCCGGGGGUUUUGGGGUUGUGAAUCAUACCAUAACUCUUGUUAUGGGUUAAGAAUGGGUUUAUGUUGGCUUAAUUCAUAUAUGUAAGCGCUUGAUUAAGCUUUUACGCUCUCUAUUAUGCAAUAAUAAGAUAAGCUUUUCUCUUGCUUUCGGGUGAA